AUGUCGGAAGUGUCGAACUCCUUCUCAGCUUGGGAGACCCUGCCGGAGGACGAACCUCCGCUGUGCAUCGCAGUUCGACGCGCAGUGUCACCUCCACGCCACUAUGAGGCGGUAAACCGUUGUGGAGGAAAAUUUAUACAGGCGUCAACAUGUCAACAUGUCAACAUGAAGCACGGUGUAGUUGCGCAGGAGCUUGCGCUCGAAGCGCUGAGCAUUCCCAUCUGGCGGUUACCGUUAUCCUCAUAUUCAUCGCAAGAUGACACAAUUUCCUUUGCAAAUCGGAUUGUCGUACAUUUUCGCAUUCGCAUCGAUUCUGACAACUACCGAAUCGCUCCACGGAUCUCCCUCACUAGGAGGAUCACAGCCGGGGAUCGACUCCCUGUUUCUGCUGAGCCAGGACUGACUCAUGACAUCCUUGUAUCUCGCACGUCGGUUCGGUCAAAAGCCUGCAAUCAAGUGACUGGGAGGUGCAAGGGAGGCGGUUUGGAGUCGCCUCCAACAAAUAAGCUCCACAUGUCCACUCCGGGAGAACGAAAGUUCUCCCGAAAACUCAUGGGACUAGAGGCUUGCAACCUGCCAAUGGGUUUUAAAAAAAAUUACGCAAAACACAGUAAUAGAAAAGAGUCUCCUGAUUACGCAGGAAAGCCUGAUACGGUAGCGCCAAGUAGGACGUUGUUGCAGGAGUCAUGUAGGCUACCAAAACGGAAAAGGACUAGGAUGGCGAUCUGUACUUAUAACGCACGUACGUUUGCAUCGAAAGCGGCCAUCGAAGAUCUGAUGAUGCAAGCCAAGAAGAUCAAGUACGACGUCAUCGGACUGACCGAGACGAGACGACGUCACUCUCUCAACGCCGUAUAUGAAACUGGAGAAGAACUGUUCUUAGGAACAUGCGACAGUAGAGGUGUUGGUGGAGUUGGCGUUUUAGUCAACACGAGUAUGACAAAGAACAUCGACUCUUUUGAACAACUUACGACCCGAAUUGGACGUCUGUGGAUGAGAAGAUGUGGCCCAACACCAGCUUUGACUAUCUUCGUCGCUUACGCUCCAACAUCAAGCUACGAAGAAGAAGAAGAAGUUGAAGCUUUCUAUAUGGACCUGGAGAAGUUCUACCGAGAAGAUCAUGCCUUCUACAAGGUCAUAAUUGGCGAUUUCAACGCCAAGUUUGGCCCAAGAAGAACGCUGGAGGAACUUCACAUCGGGACCCACGGCCUACAAUGGAAUGACCAGGGGGAGAGGCUCUCCGAGUUCAUCAUGACGACUAAGACCAUCCAUGGGAACUCGCAAUUCCAGAAGCCCUCCUCUCUAUGCUGGACGUGGGAGUCACCUGGUGGAGGGUACCGUAAUGAAAUAGACCACAUCAUCGUCAAUAAAAGGUUCUGCCUGACGGACGUCGGUGUUGUACCAAAGUUCUAUACGGGAUCGGACCAUCGCCUCCUCCGAGGAAGAUUUUCCUUCACAAAGAGAGCAGAGAAAGCAGCCAAGUUCAGGGAGAGAAAUCCCAGGACUGCCAUCAACUGGGAUCUCUUCGCUACGCAAUCCGGCUUUUGGGAAGAUUCCGCAAUGGACAACAUCGACGAGGAAUAUGACCGGCUUGGUGAACACCUUCACGACUGCGCGAAGAAGGCUGAGAGUUUUAAAACCACCAAGAGGCGCCUGUCUCUUGAAACUCUUGAGCUGAUACGCCAGCGUGGAGCAGCACGAGCCGCAGGGAACCAAGAACUCACGUCCGAGCUCGUAAGGCUUUGCAGAGAGGCAAUAAAGGAAGACCUUAAAGAGAGAAGAGCAGAAGUGCUGGCUGAAGCUGCAGAGGCGGGGAAAAGCAUCCGCUAUGCCCGUCGAGACUUCGCCAGUCGCAAGACAAGGAUGACUGCUCUCCGGAACCCAAAGGGAACAGCCAUUGCAUCGAGAAGGGGGAUGGAGAAAAUCAUCUACGACUUCUACUCUGAUCUCUUCGACAGCCAUGUCCACUUACCUCCUCCCCAUCUGAGGGAAGAUGGACAAGUCAUUCCAGAGGUUCUCCCGUCCGAAAUACGACAUGCCAUCAUGUCAGUAAGAAAUCGUACGGCACCCGGUCCUGACAGAAUAAGACCAGAACACUUGAAGAGCCUUCCGCCAGUACUCAUCAACACCCUGGCGAGGCUCUUUACACGUUAUCUGUCGGAAUGCAAGGCUCCUAAACAGUGGAAAACCAGCAAGACCGUGUUGUUGUAUAAAAAGGGAGAUCUACAUGACAUCGGCAACUAUCGUCCAAUCUGCUUACUCACGAUUGACCACAUUCACACUGUUUCGAAACUCAUCGAGGUAUCACGAGAGUACAAGAUGCCGCUCUGUCUCACCUUCAUCGACUUGAAAAAGGCCUUCGACUCAGUUGAGACGGAAGCGGUCGUGGAAGCCUUGGACAACCAAGGCGUCCCUACUCAGUACAUAAAGGUACUUCGAGAGUUGUACAGUAACUUCACGACCGGAUUUUCGCCAUUCUACAACAUCGUCAUUGACGUGAAGAGGGGGGUCCGACAGGGUGAUACAAUUUCACCGAAAAUAUCCACAACCCUAUCCCUCGAGAACGCAAUGCGAAAGUUGGAAUGGGACGACAUGGGAGUGAAGGUUGAUGGUCGGCAGCUACACCAUUUGCGCUUUGCUGAUGACAUCGUCCUGAUAACACCUAGCAUCAGCCAAGCGGAACGAAUGCUGACCGAAUUCGACGAAACAUGUGGAUGCACCGGUCUUCAGCUGAAUCUACAAAAGACGAUGUUCAUGCGGAACGGUUGGGUCUCGGAUGCCCCUUUCACGCUCAACGGAACGAUCAUAUCCGAAUGCACCAGCUACGUUUAUCUGGGUCGGGAACUGAACAUGAUGAGAUACCUGACACCCGAGCUGGGCAGAAGGAGACGAGCGGCUUGGGGAGCGUACAAGAGCAUCGAGGAUGUAGUGAAGAAGACCAGGAACACCCAGCUAAGUGCUCACCUCUUCAACACCACCGUACUUCCUUCUUUGACCUAUGCUUCGGAAACCUGGGCAUUUCGCAAGCACUAA